AUCUCUCUUCACUCUUUUAAGUUCCCCCUUUCACACAGACAGCAACAAUCUCUACUCUUGAAACCCUAUAAUGGAGAGCAACCAAACUCCACAAAAACAGCGAUAUAUCGUUGCCAGCCCUGAUAAAGAUGAGAUCAAUAGAUCUUAUGCUCCAUCCCGAAGAUCAGCUUAUUUUGAUCUUCUGAAUUCUGCUUACACAGGGAAUCUAGAUCAGUUCAAGAUGAUAGCUUCAAGGUACGAUUGCAAAGGGGAUGGAAUAGCAAUAACGAUCGAACGUCUUAAGGAUAAACUUGGAAGAGGAUCUCUUAUUUUUGCUGCUGCUGGAGGAAGUGUUAAUGUUUGUAGAUACUUGAUUGAAGAGUUGAAUCUUGACGUCGAUGUGAAAGAUAAUCAUGGUGGAACUCCCUUAUGUUAUGGAGCUGUGAAAGGUCAUUUGAACUCUGUAGAGUAUCUUCUUGAGAAGGGUGCCAAUCCUAAUGGUUCAGAUGACCCAAAUAGUACAUUUAAUGCUCCUUUGCAGUAUGCUGUGUUGGGAGGAGAUAUAAAGAUACAGAAGUUGUUACUUUCAAAAGGUGUUCGCAUUAAUUUUGUGACUGAAUCUGGGACUCCCCUAUAUUAUGCUGCUGUUUUUGACCAGCUUGAUUCUGUUAAACUUUUGUUGGAUCACCAUGCAAAUCCUAACAUAGUGGUGCUGGGACUGGUUACACCACUAAUAGCAAGUAUUCUUAACGAUUCACCGCAAAUCACGGAUCUUUUACUACAGGCUGGCGCUGAUCCAAAUGCCGAAUCAAGUGGAAUUGCUCCUCUGCGAUAUGCAGUAGAUUAUGGGCUAACACAAUUUAUCGUGCCAUUACUAGAGGCUGGUGCUGAUCCAAAUGCAAUGGAUAAUGAAGGGAUGACCGCAGUGGAAAUUGCUGCUAAAAAGGGUAAGAGUAAAAUUGUUGAGAUUCUAUUUCCUGUGACUUCUUGCAUUCCAACAUAUCCGAGUUGGACCAUUGGUGGACUUAUGGAGCAUGUGCAUUCUGAGGCUGCCAGAAAGAAGAAGAAGAUUUCUGAAGAUUCUGAGAAAGUUCUUCAAGAAAAAGUGAAGGGCACAGAAGCUUUUCAGGAAAAGCAGUAUUCGUUGGCAGCAAUGUGGUACUCAAAGGCGUUGGAAAUUACUCCAACAGAUGCAACUCUACUAUCCAGUAGGAGUGCAUGUUAUGCGUGUAUGCAAGAUGGACCUCAAGCAUUAAAGGAUGCAACUGAAUGCAUAUCUUUAAGGCCUGAUUGGCCAAAGGCACACUACAGGGCAGGCGUAGCGCUCAACAUUCUGAAAAGGUAUGGUGAAGCAGCAGACGCCUUCUAUAAGGGUUUGACGCUGGAUCCUGAUAGCAAAGAACUUGAAGAUGCAUUCAGGGAUGCUAAUGAAGCUAGAUUGAAGUCCGUCCUACCACCAUAGGAAGCAUAAGAAGAUGAUGAGAGUAGUAAAUUGGCAGUAUUAUCGUAACUAGAAGGCGUUUUAGUGACCAAUCUUUUGUUAUAGGCUCCUACUGAAAGGGGUUUCCCUAACAUGUAAACCGUAGGGUUUUUUAUUCCACUUGGAGUUUAUGUUGAUGAAGGGCUCUUUUAACUUAUUAAUUAUGUCUCUAGUAGGUGUGUAAGUAAGUUUUAGUUGCUACCUUACUUCUGACAUCCUAGAUGUUAUCCCUGUUUGCCCUUUUUCAUUUGUUUUGAUGCUCUGAGUUUUGGAAUUGAAGGCUUUGAUCCUCAGUGUUG